CGUGGCCUGCGCAUCAAGCCCCGCCCCUCCGCUCGGGCCUCCCUCCGGCCCCGCCGUUUCCCGCCGAGGCCCCGCCCCUGCUGAGGCCCCGCCCCUGCUGAGGCCCCGCCCCCGCCAUGCGCCAGGUCCCCUCCGGGUCCCGCCGCCCCCGGGCCGCGGGUUCGAGUCCCGGUCCCGGCCCGGGGCCGCUCCCGGGGUCUGUCCCGGCCCGGGGGUCGCGCUCGGGGCCGCUCCCAGUGCCGGGGCCGCUCCUGGGGCUCCUGCCGAGCCUCCCCCGCGCGGCGCGGCCGCUGCUGCCGCUGCUGCUCUUGUUGUUCUUGGCCACCGCCUCCUUCCUGUUCAUCGCUUGGCCCGCCCAGAAACCCGUCCCGCAUCAGGCGGUCCCCCCCGGCCCCCCCUCGGAGCAGGAGCUGCGGACGCUCCUGGCCCGCCUGGACCCCCCCCGGCUCUGGGGGACCUUCCUGCGGCCCCUCCUAAGGGAGAGGGUCCCGGGGGGGCCCGGCAGCCGCGCCGCCAGGCAGCACAUCGUGGCCCAGCUGGGGUCCCUGGGGGCCGGGUGGCACGUGGAGCUGGACACGUUCUCCGCCCCCACACCCCGGGGCAGGGUCACCUUCUCCAACGUGGUGGCCACGGUGGCCCCCAGGGCCCCGAAAAGGCUGGUCCUGGCCUGUCACUACGACACCAAGGUGGUCCCUGGGGGCCCCUUCGUGGGGGCCACGGACGCGGCCGUGCCCUGCGCCCUCCUGCUCGAGGUGGCAGCAGCCCUGGACCCCCUCCUGGGGGGAGCCAAGGACAAGGAGGCGCCAGUGACGCUGCAGCUCCUGUUCCUGGACGGGGAGGAGGCGUUCGGGGAAUGGAGCGACUCCGACUCCCUGUACGGAGCCCGGCACCUGGCCCAGAGGAUGGAGGGGAGGGGACACGGGCCAGGAGGGACAGAGAUCACUGCCAUGAGCCUGCUGGUGUUACUGGACCUGCUGGGAGCCCCCCACCCCUCCAUCCACAGCCACUUCCCCCAGACCCACCACUGGUUCCUGCAGCUCGUCAGCAUCGAGCAGCGGCUGCGUCGCCUGGGGCUGCUCCACGCGGCCCCCGGACCCCCAUUCUUCCGGCUCACCCCGGGGCCCGUGGAGGACGAUCACGUCCCGUUCCUGCGGCGGGGGGUCCCGGUUCUCCACCUGAUCCCCACCCCCUUCCCGGGGGUCUGGCACACCCCGGGGGACACCGAGGCCAACCUGGACCCCCCCACGGUGCAGGACCUGGCCAAGAUCCUGCUGCUCUUCGUGGCCGAGUUCCUGCAGCUCUGAGACCCCACUGG